AUGGCCUCCGCCGCUUCAUCGGCCGCCGGCGCUGGCAAAUCGCUGUUCCAGGGGCUCCGCAGGUUCCUCAAGAAGCCGUGGGAGAUCACGGGCCCCUGCGCCUCGCCCGAGUACCGCAGCGCGCUGCCUGACGCGCUCGAGUACCGCGUCAAGUGCCCGGCCACCGUGCGCGACGACCGCGACAAGGCCAUCUUGCCCACAUCCGAUCCAGAGACAGUCUACGACAUCAAGUACUUCACCCGCGACCGCCGCCGGAACCGCCCGCCAGUGCGCCGCACCCUGCUCCGCAAGCCCGAACUCGAGCGCUACAUGGCCACCAAGCAGUUCGACCCCACCAAGGACUUCCCCGUGCCAUACGUCAACACCACCGUCGAGGAGGACGACAACACGGUCGGCGGUGGCUACCAGAAGUGA